CAUUCACAAAAAUCAAUAAGAAUUAAGAAUAUUAAAUAUUAAUAUUAUAUUUUUGUCAUUAGUUAUUAUUUAAGUGGACAACUAUUAUUUCGGAGUCUAAUCGUGGAAUUCUCAAUGACCAAUUGGCUAUGAGUGCUAUGAAUAGUGAAUUUAUUUUCAUUAUUUUAUAUUAGUACUUUUUAUACUAUUCUAUAUUCUGUUGAUACCUACUAAACAUUUAUUUCCCAAUGAUCUGUACAGUUAAAUAUACAGUAACUGAGUCAAUAUCAUUGUGGGUUAGUUAUAAGUUACAUUAACAUAGACUAUAUAAGUCUGAAAAGUGAAUCAUAGAUGUAUCAUUGACAUAGAAUUUAUAGAAUAGAAACUAUUCUAUUGUUAAGGACAUUUAAUCUAAUUAUUGGUAUUUGUUUUCAAGAUGUUUCCGAUGGAAGAAUCAGAUGAAGUAUUUGAUGCUGUGAUCCGUUAUGGUUUAUACUUAGUUGCUAUUUUCCAAUUAGUAUGCAUAACAACGGUGUUUUUAUUAACUGACCAAUCUAAUGACUCAAAAGAUAAUGGUGAUGGCAGUGAAUAUGACUCUGAUGGUAGUACAUUUGCAUCACCUAGACGCCCAUAUUCUCAUCAUAGAUCAAGAAAACAAGACAAGAAGAAAAGACGAUGAAUAAAAAUGAAUUAUACUUGUAAUAUUGUUCCUUUUUUAAGUUUAAUUAUUCAUUAUAAUAAUACAUUACUUGUAGAUUUUUUUUAUUUAAGCAAACUUAAAAUCCCAUUUAUAUAUUUUACUAAUAUUAUAUAAUUACCUUUGUAUUGUUUAUUUAUACAACCUCUAUAACAUAUACAUUUAAUUAAAAAAAAAAAACCAUUCUAUAAACUUUUGAAA